AUGACAUCCUACGCGUCUGUUUUGACAAUUACAGCCUUCACGCUGGAACGCUACGUGGCCAUUUGCCACCCUAUUCGCUCGCAAAGCAUCACCACGCUGUCGCGUGUCGUCAAAACGAUCGUCGGCAUCUGGGUGAUGGCUUGUUUGUGCGCGUUGCCGUUUCCGCUUCAUACAGAACUGAUUCACAUACGCCACCCGACCACCGAUGAACCACUGGAAUUGUCCAUCAUGUGCAAUGUACCGCACCGCUGGUUGCCACAGAUGAUGUACAUUUUCCAGAUUUCGACUUUCGUGUUCUUUCUGGCACCGAUGACAAUCAUUACUGUUCUUUAUACCCUGAUUGGGGUACGCCUGAGAAAUUCGGAGAUCCAGGUGGAGACCAGUAAAAAUGACAAUAGCACCAUGAACACCGUCACAAAGGCAAGAAAAGCAGUAAUCAAAAUGUUGGGUAAGUAUUGA